GUAAUUCCACCAUUUUAGUUUUAGUUCUGGGCUAUACUUAGACUAUAAUAGUAUUUUUAAAUGUAAUUUUAAAGUUUAUCAAAAUGCAAUUGUGCAUUUUUUGAAUAGAUAAAUCCAAAAUAGAGUCGGGGUUUAUUCACUUUUUAAUGGUUCAUGAAUAUAUUAAGUUACCAAAAGCCAUUAAAAAAUUAAGCAAACCCAAUGCUAAUGGAGAUUUAUCCAUUUAAAUUUAAACCAUAGUCCACAAGGGAUAUACUUAUGAAUGAAAGUUUUAAUUUUAUCUGUGGUAAACCUGGGGUUUAUCGAUUAUGAAUCAUGAUUUAACUGACAUUUCAGUGGAUAGAUGGAGCAUUUGGACCCUGGUGUUCAUUUUUGGAACUGUCGUAACUUAUGAUUUGAAUGCAAGCCGUUAUUGUUUGUCAAAAAGUAGACAAUGGUUUUCUCAAACUAAAGUUACAAUUGUAUCAAAAAUGAACCCCUGGUUAAAACUUUUGAUAGAUCUGAAAUACUACAUCAGUAGGCUGAAAUUUGAGCCUAACAAUAACAUUCUGUCGGUUCACACAUUUAUAAAGUAUAUUUUAAAGAAGAGGUGCAAAAGUUGUGACGACAGAAUAAAUGGCCUGGUAGAUG